ACAAACAAAUGACAGAAACAUAGAUGUCGUGUAAGAGAAAAAGUACACCCCCCUGGAUAAGUACAACAUUCCAUUUUCACUUGUAAACAAACAACUUUCCACUAAUGAGACGACUCUUUCAUUCUUUGUUAAUACUAUUCCAACUAACUUGUUAAUUAAUGCAAAGUGACUUUGUUCAACAAAAGUCAAACCAGGUUUUGUAAGGAGAUACAGAGAGAUUGAUCGCAUCGCCAUGGAAACAGCAAAGCGCAGAACGAUAGAAACCAUCGUCUCCAAGCUCAGCUCCGUCUCCGAGCAGACCAGAGCCGCCGCUCUAGCCGAGCUCAGGCUCAUCUCCAAACAAGACCCCGAAAGCCGUCCCAUCAUCGCCGACGCCGGAGCCAUCCCCUACCUCGCCGAGACUCUAUACUCCUCCUCCCCCUCCUCCCAGGAAAACGCCGCGGCGACCCUCCUCAACCUCUCCAUCACCUCCCGCGAACCCCUCAUGUCCUCUCGCGGCCUGCUCGACGCGCUCUCCCACGCGCUCCGCCACCACGACACCACCACCUCCCCCGCCGCGGUCCAGUCCUCCGCCGCCGCGAUCUACAGCCUCCUGAUCGCGGAGGAGUCUUACCGCCCCGUCGUCGGAUCGAAGCGAGACAUCAUCUUCUCUCUCAUCCACGUCAUCAGGUACCAAGACUCGCACCCGAGAUCGAUCAAAGACGCGCUCAAGGCGCUCUUCGCCGUCGCUCUCUGCCCGGCGAACAGAUCAACGAUGAUCUCCCUCGGCGCGAUCCCGGCGCUCUUCUCCCUCAUCGUGAAGGACUCGCGGUGCGGGAUCGUGGAGGACGCGACGGCGGUUAUGGCGCAAGUCGCCGGGUGCGAGGAGAGCGAGGAAGGGAUGAGGAGAGUCUCCGGAGCCAGCGUGCUGGCGGAUCUGCUGGAUCCGUGCACCGGCUCGAGCCUUCGGAUCAAGGAGAACGCGGUCAGCGCGCUUUUGAAUUUAGCGAGGUGCGGCGGAGACGAAGCGCGUUCGGAAGUUGCGUCUGCGGUUGCGUCUGGUGCGGAUGAAGGAGCUAUGGAAGGGAUCGUGUACGUUGCUGAGAGCGGGAGUAAUAAAGGAAGGAAGAAGGCGGUUGAUCUGUUGAGGCUCGUUUCAAACGAUUCACGACGUUUCGAUCGUCUGAUCAGUGAUAAUGAUAAUAAUCCGAGUAGUAUCUGAUCAUCUGCUUAUCAUUUUGUACAACUUUUGCUAAUCCAUUUACUUCAUUCAAAACACACAGUUUAUAUA